AAAGGGCACGGGACUGUUGGGUAAUUAAUGCUUAUUAUUUGACUGGUUCUUUUGAUCAAGUGGAGGCGGGCUUUGCUUUCAGCUGAGUCACUCUUACUGCCUGUUCAUUCAAAGACCGCGACGUAAAAUCAGUUCGUAUAUGCUCAUCAGAUCCCGCAAGCUGCACCCGUAAGACACGAAAAAAUGGCCCCAGUAUCAAUCAAACGCGUUUUAAUAAGUGAGAGUGUUGAUCCGUGCUGUAAGACCAUUCUGCAAGAAAAUGGCAUUGAUGUGACAGAGAGGCAAAAUAUGAACCAAGAGGAGUUGAUUGUCCAGAUUAAGGAUUACGAUGGCCUAGUGGUUCGAUCGGCAACCAAAGUUACAGCUGACAUUAUCUAUGCUGCCAGUAACCUGAAGAUCAUUGGACGGGCUGGGACCGGUGUUGACAAUGUGGACGUGGAUGUGGCAACGAAGAAGGGCAUAAUUGUCAUGAAUACUCCUAAUGGCAACACCAUCAGUGCUGCUGAGCUGACCUGUGCUCUUGUGAUUAAUUUGUCAAGGCAUGUUCCACAAGCUGUUAUGUCAAUGAAAGCAGAAAACUGGGAUCGUAAAAAGUUUAUGGGUGCAGAAUUAUAUGGCAAAACCCUUGGAAUAAUUGGGCUUGGAAGAAUCGGAAAAGAGGUGGCUUCAAGAAUGCAGUCUUUUGCCAUGAGGACCAUUGGCUAUGACCCCAUCACCCCUCCAGAAGUGUCUGCCAGCUGGGGGGUGGAGCAGAUGUCUCUGGAGGAGCUCUGGCCCCAGUGUGAUUACAUCACUGUGCACACACCCCUCAUGCCCUCCACUACAGGAUUACUUAAUGAUGCCUCAUUUGCUAAGUGUAAGAGAGGUGUGAAGGUGGUGAACUGUGCUCGUGGAGGCAUCAUUGAUGAAGCUGCUUUACUAAGGGCUUUGGAGUCUGGCCAGUGUGGAGGAGCAGGCCUGGAUGUGUUUGUAGAGGAGCCUCCAAAGGACUGGACCCUGAUAAAGCAUCCAAAUGUUAUCAGCUGCCCUCAUCUGGGAGCCAGCACGAGGGAAGCUCAAGCUCGCUGUGGCCAGGACAUCGCACUACAGAUUGUGGACAUGGUCAAAGGCAAAGCAUUAGUGGGAGCUGUGAACGCCCAGGUGCUGGCCUGCACCUUCAGCCCUGACUCGCAGCAGUGGAUCCGUCUUGGUAAGGCCAUGGGUCGGGUUCUUAAGGCUUGCUGCUCCUCCAAACAACCCUUCGCUCAUGUCCAUAUCACCACUCAAGGAGAGUGUUUGAAGAAAUCAGCUGGGUUUCUGAGUUCAGCGGCUGUUGUUGGUCUGCUGACUGAGGGGCCUGAGAUUGUUCCAAACUUGGUGAAUGCGCUGCCUCUAGCAGAAGAGACGGGGAUUACAAUAAAAAGAAGUCACAGUGACGAAGCUAAAAUGGCCUGUAUGGUGGAGGUAUCUGUGAAUGGCAGCAUAUAUAAAGCUGUAGGCUCAGUACAGGCAGGGGUGCCUGUACUGUUGGAGCUAAAUGGCAGUGUGUUCUGGCAGCCGGUCCCUCUCUCUGGAAACCUGCUCUUCUUUAAGGCCACAGGCUCACCUCAGCUCCUGUCAUCUGUUACUGGUAUCCUGGCAACAGCUGGUGUUGCGAUGGAGCGCUUCAGUGCCUCCUCUGCCCCUGGUGAUGACCAAUGGUACUGCGUGGGGAUUCCUUCUCAACUUGCAGAUCUCAGCACUUUGAAGUCAUUGGUGAAAGAGGCUUUACAACUCGCUAUGUAAAUUCUUGCUAACUGAUGGUGGGAAUUGCAUUGCAUCCUGUUUAACAAGGUUGACAAAUUUAACACUAGGAAACCAUUGUUGUAAUGUGGAAUUUACAAGGAAAAGUUUAGCAUUGUUAAGCCUUAUGUUUGGUCUGUAAAAUACUAAAUGUUUAGUAAUUUGCAAACUACAGUUGGCUAUUUUUUUGAUGCACACACAAAUAAAAUGCUACGGAUGAGACUAACAGAAGCAAAAUGAUUUAACCGAAUUACUGAGUACAGUACCUGUUCAUUGCACAUAAUUAAAUAGUAUAUUUUUUGCCAAAUUACAGAGAACGUAGAUUUAAAACCACACUGGUAAAAAGUUCGACUAGAUUUUCUAACUUUUUUUCACUACAGCCAAGUUUGCUAACAGACUUCGCAUGUAACGUGAGGAUAAACACGGACCACUAAACCGUUGUUCUAAAAGCUUUUUUUUUUCCUUAUGUUGUAGAAAUAUAGAUUAUCGUUAAUAAAAACGAUUAAAAAAAAGUAUGACAAGCAGAA